AUGGCCAUCCUGCGCGAACGCCCGUCUCCAAUAGUCCGCAAGAGUCUUCGGCGGCGAAGACUCGCUCCGCGUCUACUGGAUAGCGAUUCAGACACGUCUCCGCCUAGAAAGUUGCCCACGCCCAGGAGCCCUCGGCCAGUGGAGAGAGAUGAGUACCUCGAGGUGUCUAAACCCCGUGAGGAACAGAAUUUCACAGACUACUACGAGGGUCUUGACGAGUGCGAGCCGUUGCCUGUCGUGGUGAAAGAGAGCAGGAUAGAUGACGAGUUUGAGGAGUACAUGUUGAAAAGGAAACGACAGGACCGCGAAAUUUUGGCACGGCUGAAAAGACCGUCUUUCAGGAAAAUUCCGGAUCAACAUACAGAAGCACCUCCUGUUGCUAGAAGUAUGAUCCAGUUCGGCUACAACGACAACAAAACUGUGCAAAAGUCGACAUUUUGGCGGCCGACAGACCGAGGAGAUGGCCUCAUUACCGACGGUCUCACCUUAGACCAGAAAAACGAAGAACAGGCCCAGCUCCAUGCCCAGCUGUAUGGGUCCGACGACGGGAUAGGAGCCGCUCCAGAGGAAGACCAGUGCUGUGCCGUUUGCAAUAGAAAUGAUUGCGACAAUUCGAACGCCAUCGUUUUCUGCGACGGCUGCGACAUAGCUGUUCAUCAGGAAUGCUAUGGCGUUGCAUUUAUUCCAGAGGGCCCCUGGCUGUGUCGAAAAUGCCUCAUUGCGCGAAAUCAAAAGAACAGAUGCUUAUUUUGCCCUAGUGUCACAGGUGCGUUCAAGCAGACAGACAACGGCGGAUGGGGCCACGUGAUCUGUACAUUGUGGAUAAACGAACUAUAUUUUGCCAACCCUGUCUAUAUGGAGCCGAUCGAGGGCAUCGGCAAUAUCCCGCGAAGCCGCUGGAAACUCACUUGUUAUAUAUGUCGCCAGAAAGUUGGAGCGUGUAUACAGUGUUCCAAGCCCAGUUGUUCGAUCGCGUACCACGUUACGUGUGCGCGACGCUCAGACUUUUAUAUGGAGAUGAAACAAGGAGUCCAGACAGCCAUCCAUGAUAAGAGCACCGUUGUGUCGUACUGCGAUAGACAUUCUCCAAAAGAGUGGGAUUUUUAUCAUGACACAAAGCAAGGGAUCCAAAAAACAAGGCUUUACUACAGCACUGGGAAGAACCGAGACUCCGGAAACAAAAUUGUGAUUAGCAAAGCCGAGAAAAAGGAGCUUAAAGAUACGAAAAACCACUGGUUCAAAUGGAAGACCGUGCGCGGAGCUCCUAUCCUUCCUCUUGUUGUGAUUAAGAAGUUGGACAAGAUGCUCCAGAGCUACAGAAUUCCACAAGAUAUUAACUAUUUAUAUGAGUUUGCAAAGUAUUGGACUCUGAAACGCGAGGCAACUGGAGGUCCCCUUAUCAGACGUCCGGAUACGGCAAAUCUUGGUGUUCUCACAAAUGAGGAGAUCGAAGAGCGUCUUCAGGCUCUAGAUUUGAUCAAACAGGACAUAGUCAAAUUAGCAGAGAUAUCCUCUCUAUCCCUGAAAAAGGCAAAACUUGAGCUCAAGUCUACCAACGAAUUGCUUGACCAGAUAGAAAUAUAUUACCUGCCGAUGCAAUAUUUGAUUAGGGAGUUAUUAGAUCAAUUCCUCAAACACGACAGAAACAAUGCCAUAGUUUCGACAACCUUUGAGGACUCCAACCUGCCUUCUAUCGGGCGAAUAGUGGAAAAGGUUGAGAAUUAUGAAUAUCAACUAGUUAGCGAGCUUGUUGACGACCUUACCGCAGUGGAUAAUUAUGUGAUACAGAAUUUCGAUCCGCACAGUGCUAUAUACAGGCAUAUUCGCAAUUAUUGGAGGAGACUCAGGUCACAAACUAUAGACAGGGCCCAAAAAGCCGAGCGCGCGUUGCUAAAGGGAAACAGAAAAUUGUUCGCAGGGGUGGAGGCAGAAGGACUUGAUUUCCAAGUCAAAGGAUGAAAUUACGGUACGAAUAGAAAUUGUGUCUGAUUAAAUCCAAGUAUAUAUCAAAACAUGUCGCU